CACUGAGAAGGAAACUACUGUUUUUUUCUUCCUUCCGCUGAAUCCUUGUUGUCCGUUGAAAACCUGGACCAAACACGGCAGUCGACCUCAAAAAUGCCCCUCGUCCUUUCCGAUGUUCCCACGCCGAGAUACUCGGACGGCGUCACACAAUACUAUCCCACAGUCUACAAAGCAGCCCGAGCGCCCGCCGGAGGCUAUGUAGAAUGCCACCCAUCUCGCGUACGAAAGUACCUCGACCGUCUCAGCGCAUCCUUGAAGGACAUCUACAUCCGCAAUCCAACGAAAAUCCCAGGAAUUCAGCCAGAACUGUUGAGGGCCGGCGAGUCGAUUGUCUUCCGUGGGAAUUCAGGCUUGUUGGAGUUUCCGAAGAACUAUAAGAUGUUUGAGAGCAAGAAGCCCGAGGGGUUGGGUGGCGGUGAGACUCCGGGAGUCGGCACGCCUGGUGGCGGCGAGUCGCCGAUGUUGGGGCCGAAGGAGGGAGCCGGGGAGGAUCCGGAGAGCGAUGCUGUUCUGACAAAGCUUGAGCAGGGUGACGGUGAUGGGAAGCAGGCGAAAACGCCAAAGGGAGAGAGUAGAUUUAGGGCGGACGCUUUCAUUUUUGGACAUCCCAGUGGUUCAAAAUACCGAUCGACCAACGAGUUUACGCCACAUCUCGAGUGGCUCGUCACAGACGACACUCAUGAUCACAAGAACUGUCCCUGCAAGCUUUGCACCAACUUCACGCGAUCCGGAAGGUAAACCCAAUUCCUUCCCGCCCGUUCCUUCUCGCCAGCCGAUAUUGACAUCAUUCUCCCCUCCAGCAAACCACACAACAGAGGCAAACCCCUCCCGGUCGCCGAAACCCCCAACGCCUCCCCACCAACGUACUCGAAACUGAACCCAGCAUACAGCAGUCGAUCACACCCCUCAGAAAGCAAAAGCUCGCGGAAAAA